GAAGUACAGUGAUGUCACUUUAUACAGGGUAGAAGAUAUCGGUGCUUAAAAAUAUUAAUUGUUUAAAGGAUUAACAAGCAACAAUGAAUCGUGCAUAUAGUUUAUUUAAAUAUGAUCGUUACGUGAAAUUAUAUUCCUUGGAUAAAUUAUUCCACAAAUUCUCUGCUGAUAGUGACAUUAUGGAUGAAUGGUUAGAAGAUAUGAAAAAAUGAUAUAUAUUGGAAUUUUAAUUUUACAUUCUGAUCUAUUAUUCUUCCAUGACAUUGUUGGAUAAUGAAAGAAGAUAACAUGGAAGAAUUAUUAGUAUCAUGUAAAAACAUGAUAGUCUCAGUGAGGAAGCGAGUGAAUUGAUCCAACGAAUGUAAAAUGAUAAAUACAGAGAAAAAGGAAGGAUCUAACAUAAAAAUAAAAUACAGAGGCGAGAGAAUAAUAAAAUACAAUUAAGAUAGAAAGUGUUAUCGGAAGAUGGUAAAAUGCAGGUGUUCAAAGUCACAAAAAGAGGGGGAAAAACUUUUAUUGAUCGAUCUAAAUAUCUCUGAAUAAUUAGGAGACCGACAAAAUUCCAAAUCGUUAUUAACAACAACAAUAAUAAUGACAGUUACCGAUAAUGUUCAAAAUAAACGUGACGCUACUCCUUACGUUUUAAGUAAUACUACUGUGCAAGAAGAAUAUGGCCAAAAUAAACAGAAAGAUUUAUCGAACAUGGAAGACUCAUUGGAAACUCUCAAUACUAACGAAAAUUCAAAUAAAUUCGCCAAGUCUUGUCCCGAGACGAAAUUAAUUUUCUCGGAGACAGAACAAAAAUUAAUGAAAUCUAACGAUUUUAAAUCGAAGAAGAUCAAUAAUAUCGAAAAUGAGGAACCACUUACGACACCUGAUUGGCAAGAAGAUCCGGAAACUAACGAUGUUAAUGUUAAUAUACCACCUGAUGGUGGUCUCAGAGCUUGGAUGAUCAUGAUCGGUAGUUUCUUUAUCAAUGGUGUUUUAUUUAGCGUAAUCAACACGUACUCUUUGAUCUACCUCGAACUACAAAAGAAAUUGUUGGAAGCUGGAGAAACAGAAGUGUCCUCUAAAGCGUCUCUAGUCGGAUCAUUGACCAUUGGUACAACAUUUUUCUUAUCACCAAUCGCUGGUAUCCUCACUGAUAAAAUCGGUAUUCAGAUGACCACAUUUUUAGGAGGUGCAAUAGCGUCGAGUGGUAUGCUUCUUUCUUCAAUGCUUUCCGACAAGGUAGAAUUAUUGUAUAUGACCUAUGGCGUGAUGUAUGGACUCGGUGCGAGUCUUGCUUACACACCGAGCUUAGUGAUAUUAGGGCAUUAUUUUAAAAAAUAUCUGGGAUUAGUAAAUGGAAUUGUCACGGCUGGAAGUUCCAUAUUUACGACGCUUAUACCAUAUCUGAUGGAAACUCUUCUUCGACAUUUCGGAUUAGAAGGAACAUUUCGGAGUUUGGCAGCGUUGACUGCAGUUGUCAUGCUUUGCGCGCUACUUUUCAAACCGAUACCACUUAAUAAAACUCCGCGAUGCCAAUCGCCACGGAAAAUGAAUUUUCGGCAUCGUUUGAAGGAAGUUAUUAAUUUAUCGAUUUGGAAAAGACAGCGAUACGUCGUAUGGGCUGUUUCCAUCCCCCUUGCCUUGUUCGGAUAUUUCGUACCGUAUGUACAUAUCGGGAAAUUCGUAGCAACCACAUUUAAAGAUUCAGACGGGAAAUUACCGGUCAUGUGUAUUGGCAUUACAUCUGGGAUAGGUCGAUUAAUAUUUGGUUAUAUUGCUGAUUUGCCUAAAGUAAACAGAAUAUUACUACAACAGAUAUCAUUUUUAAGCAUUGGUAUCCUCACGAUGUUACUUACGGUAACACCAUCUUUUAAUAUUUUACUACUCAUUUCUUUGAGUAUGGGAUUAUUCGAUGGAUGUUUCAUAUCGCUAUUAGGUCCAAUUGCUUUUGACAUUUGUGGUCGCGAGGGUGCAACUCAAGCAAUUGGAUUUUUAUUAGGAAUGUGUUCUAUACCUUUGACAGUAGGACCACCAAUCGCUGGUCUUUUAUACGAUCAUACCGGUUCUUACGAUUUGCCUUUCUUAUUGGCUGGAGUACCGCCAAUAAUUGGGGCAUUGACUAUGUUUUUAAUAAAAUGUGUUAAGGAAACAGAUACUGAAAACGAUGCUGAUUCAAUUACCGAAGAACCAACGGCAAAAUCAACUUGCCAAAAUGGGAUGACAAAGGCUAUACUUCUAUCAUCAUAUUUUGUAACUACUCCACCUGAUUAUGGACUACAUAAAGAUAAAACAAGGAUAAAGAAGUGUUCAUACAUACAGACUGAAUAUGGAUCUAAAGGAAUGUUCAAUAUCAAAUGUAAUAACAGUGGCAGCAAUGGUGGUUAUUCACAGAAUGCAAGACGUUCAGAAAGUACACCCUUAUUGUGUGACAAAAAUCAAAUAUUAUGGUCAAGACCAUCCUUUUUACAACAUACAGAGCGAUCAUCGAUGCUUCUUACACUGUAAUAGCAACAUAAUAGUGAAUUAUUGUAUUCAUUACACAAAAAACGUCACAUGCAAAUUUUAUUUUAUUUUUGUACUAUUGUUUGAUAGAUUUGAUAUAUCAAUCAUAAAUAUAACUGAUAAUUUAUUUUGAGAAUUAAUUGUAAUUGUCAGAUUAUAAAAAAAUCUGUUGCAUGUAAAAAUAAUGAUUUUAUUUAACAUUGAUAAUAAUCAGUAAAAAAUGUACUGUAGUAAAUACUACAAAUAUUACUAUUAGUCUUUGAUUUAAAUUAUUUCAUAUCAUUUCAAUUAUACUUGUAAUAAUAUAAAAUAAUGAUAAAAAUAAGCUUUAACUUUCUAAUUGAAGUACAGUUAUAUUUUGAUAGAAAUAUUUUAUAGAAUGUUAUAUGAUAUUCACUACAAUGAUGACAAUAGAAUGUAUAAUAGCCUACAUGUUAUUUUUGUUAUCAUUUGAAUGGUUGUUUACUUAAUGUUGUAUGUCUGGAUAUAAUUGUAUAAUAAAUUUGUUAUAGCACUGCUAUUUUUUUACAAGUAGUUAAUAUAUUCUAGGUAACAACAUUGAGUAACCAACUUCAAUGUACUACUCUCACAAUCAUUCAUUUCAUUCAUUCAUCUCAUAAUCAAAUUAUAUUAUACAAAUAUAAAAAAAUGAUCUACCAAUUUGUGUAUGAUACAGCUCAAUUGAAUUUACAAAUAAAAGAUAUCCUAUUUAA